AUGGAAUGGAAACAAAUUAUAUACAAUCAACUACGAGAACGGCAUAGACAGGAACAAGAUAUUUAUUCAGAAAUUGUUAAACACUAUAAUCGGUUAAUUGAAAAUUAUUCCAUAAUAUUACUUCGAUGUACGGAACAAGAACGAGAUAUAUUAUCAUUACGUCAGGAAAAUACAGAUUUACAAAAAAAUAGCGUUAGUGUCGCUGGUCUUCCAGUCAAUGAUAAAGUUAAAACAUUAGAACAUGAUUAUAUGAAAGCAAAAGAUGAAAUACUCACAUUAUUAAGAGAAAGAGGAGAUAUAACAAAAGAAGUAAUUAGUCUUAGUCGUAUUGUUAAAGAAAGAGAUGAUAAACUUGAUUCUGAAGAAAAAAAGAAUCAAGUAUUAACUAAAGAAAAUACAUCAUUGAAACAACGACUUGAUUCAGCCGAAGAAAAACUAAAUGCUUUACAAAGAGUUAAUGAAACGAUACAUGAUGAAUUUCAAGCAUUACAUUUAGCUUAUAUGCAAUUAGAAAGGCGUCAACAAGAACUAGAUGCAACAAAUGCAUUUUUACGUCGAGAAAUGACUGAAAAACUUGAUAAACAAUGUAAUGCAUUAGAUGAAGAAGUUCAACAACAUCAAAAACGAAUUGAAGAAGAUGUUAAAAGAAAAUUAGACGAAGCGAAAAACGAUGUUACUAAUUCUAAUUCAACAGCAUCAAUAACAACACCAACCUCAAGUACAUCAAUGUUUAGAAGUAGCAAUCUUGAUGGGAAGAUACAUCGAUCACCAGCAAGUGAUUUCAUGAAAGUUGUUGUACCAACAAGAGCUAUAACCAAAUGGGAUUGUGGUGAUAAUGAAUUACAUGCUAUUCAAUUUCAUCCAUCGGGAUCAUUAAUUGCAACUGGUGGUAGUGAUCGAAAGAUUCAUAUUUGGGAAAUGAAUACUUCCAAUGGUCAAGUUCAACAAUCAUAUGUACUCACUGGAAAUAAUUCGACAGUAACCGCUAUUGAUUUUGAUAAUGAAGGCAAUAAUUUAAUUCUUGGUUGUUCAGAAGAUUUUGCUUGUCGUGUUUGGGGUCUUGCUGAUCAACGUUUACGUCAUACAUUAACUGGACAUGGUGCAAAAGUUUUUUGUGCUAAAUUUAUUACGGCUAGUUUGAUUGCAUCAGGCAGUCAAGAUCGAACAUUAAAAUUAUGGGAUUUACAAAAUCGUCAAUGUGUAAGAACUCUAUUCGCUGGAUCAAAAUGUCAUGAUCUAGUUGCACAUGAUGCAUCUGGAAGUUUGAUUAGUGGACAUUUUGAUAAGAAAAUACGUUUUUGGGAUUCAAAAAAUGAUUCAACUAAAUGUGAAUUACAAUUACAAGCUGCUAUUACUUCAUUAGCAAUUAAUCGAGAAAAACAUCUAUUAUUAGCUUGUUCACGGGAUGAUACAUUGAAAUUAAUUGAACUAAGAGAAAAUCGAGUUAUACAAACAUUUAGUCAUGAUGAUUUUAAAGUGACGUCGGACACUAUAAAAGCUGUUCUAUCACCUGAUUGUGCUUAUGCAUGUGCUGGUGGUAAUGAUGGAUCAGUAUUUAUUUGGAAUACAUCAACAGGCAAAAUUGAAAAAAUUUUCAAUAAAGAACAUUCGACAAUUGUUAAUGCUGUUGCUUGGCAUCCUGAAGGACGAUUUAUUGUUUCAUGCGAAAAACAAAGAAGAGCAAUAUUAUGGGGAGAAUAA